GCCCAUGAGGGCAUAUCGCAGCCAGGCUCUGGGCUCUGAUCCUGCUGCCUCACCUGGGCCAGCCUCUUCCCUUUGCCGUGAGCCAAGCCGGUCGGACGCUGCCAGCCAGGAGUCCCGCCGUGCAUGACAGUCCCAGCUAUUAGGAUGUGUACCCCAGCCCAGUGGUGGCAGCAGCGUGGAGUGGUCCUGGCCAUGUCCUUCAGGCUGGCUGUGACCGCUGCUCCGCCACCCUCCCGGGGCAGGUAUUGCCUCCGACCUUGGUCUGUCCUGCGGUGCUGCAAAUCCCUCCUGCCCGGCACUGUGACUGCUGAAUCGGCAGCGCUGGCUGCAGACGGCUGCCCUCGCUCCUCUGGGGAUGCAGGUGCAGGCAGGAUGCUGCCCAUCAGGGAUGCUCAGCAUCCAGCCCUGGGGUAGCUGAGCGUCUGUGCCCCAUGGGGACUCCAGGGGUGGGUGCCACGUGUUGUGCCUGGCUCUGGGCUGGGUGCUCACUGGGAAAGCAGGUGCUGCGCUGGCCCCAGUGGUCUUGGAUGGGGUGGGACAGGACUGGUAAAAACAAAAUAAAACAAAAAAACAGAGCAAAAAACCAAUCCAAAAGGUCAUUUGGUGCCUUGUAUCACCACACGCUUGCCCAGGAAAAGCAGCCUGGGGGACAUGGCUCAGUCUGCAGCUGGCAGUGGUGGCUGUCCCCAGCAGCUGGGGUGUGUGGCAUCCCCUUGCCUGGCAGGUCGCUGUGUGGGCACAGGCAUCCUUCCUGCCCGGCUGGGGCUCCACAUCCCCCGUGUCCCGUCCCUGCAGGAAGGGUGCCGGCUGGCUGCCCCAGGGAGAGGGGAGGCAGGAAGGAGCUUUUGUCACUCAUUGUCCCCUGCUCAGCUGGGAGUGACAACAGCUCCUUCCUGCCCCACGCUUCUGGCCUGGCCGUGGGGCCGAUGGGAUGGGGCUGUUCCCACGGGGCCACAGCCUGGUGCAGGGAGGGCAGGGGGGAGUGGGGCUGGCACGGGAGGUGGCCCAGACCCCCUGCCACUGUCCCCUGGGCAGUGUUGGCUGCUGGGGAUCCCAGGGGAUGUGGUUGGGGGCUGUUUCACGGAGACCCUGCUCAGUUCAGCCCAUUGCUGGGGCUGCUGCAGGCUGGCAGUCCCCCGCCCUGGUGAUGCCCUCUUGUCCCCCGAUGCCCUGGACACUGUGUACCCGAUGUCUUACCCGGAGCUGGUCCCUGCCACCCUGGGGCAUGCAGAGAGGAUGGACAAGUCCUGCCCCCCGCUGCCAGGGCUGUGGCUCAGCCCCUGUAAUCUCCUUCCCACUCCAACUCACUGGCUUAUUUCCUGGCUAAUUCCCCAAGCUAUAAAUACUGCUCUGCCUUGAAGGGCCCUGAGGCCCCAUGGCCACCCUGCAGAGCAGGGGCUGGUCCCCCUAGCAUGGGGGCAAAAGCUUUUGUUCCUCCUGGGGGCAGAGGGUGUCACCUGGGGGGUCAGCUGCUAUGGGGCCAGCAGGACCUUGGGCAGGGCUAGCUUUAGCCAAAUUCCUCCUGGCUGCGUUGGGGGACAGUCCAGUGCUGGGCAGGCGGUCCCUCGGGCACCACUAUGGAUGAUGCGAGGUGUCCCCAGGAACCUGUGGGGAUGGGGAGGUGGGAGGCUCAGGGCCCAAGGGGGAGCCCCAUCCUUUGGCUGAGCAUCCCCCCCUCCCCAGGCCGCAAUGAGCCCCUGAAGAAGGAGCGUCCCAAGUGGAAGAGUGACUACCCCAUGACAGAUGGGCAGCUGCGCAGCAAGCGGGAUGAGUUUUGGGACACAGCACCCGCCUUCGAGGGCCGCAAGGAGAUCUGGGACGCCCUGAAGGCAGCUGCCUAUGCCGUGGAGGCCAACGACCACAGCCUGGCCCAGGCUAUCCUUGAUGGAGCCAGUAUCACCCUGCCCCACGGGUCCCUGACUGAGUGCUACGAUGAGCUGGGCAACCGGUACCAGCUGCCUGUCUACUGCCUGGCACCUCCCGUCAACCUGAUCCUGGAGCGGAGCGACGAGGAGGCAGUGGAUCCCGCCGAGCCCCUGCCCAACACCCGGCGGGAGGUCACCCUCAAGGUGCGGCUCUCCACCGGCAAGGACCUGCGGCUCAGCGCCAGCAUGGGCGACACCAUCGGGCAGCUGAAGAAGCAGCUGCAGGCACAGGAGGGCAUCGACCUGGCCUGGCAGCGCUGGUUCUUCUCAGGCAAGCUGCUCACCGACCGCACACGGCUGCAGGAGACCAAGAUCCAGAAGGAUUUUGUUGUGCAAGUGAUCAUCAACCAGCCCCUGCCACCCAGGAACUGAGCCGCCCCCGCACUGGUUGCGGGGAGAGGGCAGGGGGCUGGCAGGCAGUGGCACCUCUGGGGAUGCCUUGUGCCAUGUCCCAUCCCUGCCGGAGCCAGG